AUGUUUGACGAUACGAUACUCAGAGGUUUUGAAUUUGUAUCGGGUCUCAAUGCAAACCUCUUCAAAAGCAAUUUGUCGGGAGUUAAUAUUGAGGAUACCUUUAUGUUGGCGACUGCCACCUUUCUUUGUUGCGAGAUAGGUAAGUUUCUUGCUAAUUUUCUGGGAAUCCCUGUAGGUUCAAACCAUAGGACUCAAGCUGUUUGGAAAUCGGUUAUCAUUAAAAUGAAAAAUAUGUUAUCUGCUUGGAAGGGUCGGUUUUUAUCAAUAGGUGGUAGAGUUACAUUAAUCAAUGCGGUGCUGAACACAAUCCCAAUUUACUUUCUAUCUUUCUUCAAAAUUCCUAAAGUUGUACUGAAGGAAAUUAUCAGAAUUCAAAGAGAAUUUUUGUGGUGCGGUGGAAUUUAUAAAUGGGGUAUCCCAUGGGUGAGUUGGCCGGAGGUUUGUAGGAGUAAGGAGGAAGGUGGUUUAGGUAUCAAAUGCAUUGAGGCUUUCAAUGAAUUCUUGUUAUGCAAAUUGAGGUGGUGA